AUGUUGUCCACAAUCAUUUGUUCCACUCUCAUUUGCUUCUCUUGUCUAAUCCCUCAAUCCCGCGCUUCGCUUCGAGAUAUAGAGAGAUAAGAGAGACGCGGUGUCGCCAAUCUUGACUGAAUCUUGUUCCCAUGGCGGAGGAGCAAGUUGUGACAGCUAACGCAAACCCUGUCCCGUCUGAUCUCAAGCGCAAGUUUGAAGAUUUGGAGCCUGGAGCUCCCCAGCAGCAACUCUCCGAGCAACUACAGCAUCUUGAAUCGAAUGCGAAUUCCAUUUCAGAGCCCAAUGAGGCUGGAAAGGCCGAUGCAACGGUUUCCCCUUCCGACGAGGGUGAGAAGAAACGUCCCCGAAUCGAGGAGGAGCUCGAUGGACUAGCUAGUAAAAAUGGGUACCAAGAUGAGCAGGCUGGUGAACCCUUUAAUGAAAAUGAUAAAUCCUCUCUUGAGAAUGCUCUUUCACCGGAUGGUCAACUUCCAUCCAACGAGCAUACAGAGUCGGCACCUGACGAGCAAAACUCGAGUAGAGUUCCUGAAAAUGCUGGUGCCGAAGAAUCACCUGUUGGGGAUUCUGGACGAGAGAGUGCUGAGGAACCAUCAAAAGAAAUUCAAAAGCGCUCUGUAGAGUCAACUGAGCAAAAUGUUUCUUCUGCAGAGCAAUCUGAAUCUGUUGAUGUUGAGCAUAAUAAUGUGGAGGUUCCCAACGAUAAGCAAGAUGCUUCUAGGGGGCAAGAGCAGCCGACUUCUGCAGCUGAGAUAACGACUCUUAAAAUUAAGGUCCCUAACAAUAAGGUUGGUGUUCUUAUUGGCAAGGCGGGGGAUACCAUAAGAUACCUGCAGUAUAAUUCAGGGGCAAAGAUUCAGAUUACAAGGGACGCUGAUGCUGAUCCCCACUCUACGACAAGGCCUGUGGAAUUAAUAGGAAGUUUGGAUAGUAUUGAGAAGGCAGAAAAGCUAAUAAAUGCUGUGAUUGCAGAGGCUGAUGCUGGCGGCUCUCCAGCACUUGUAGCUCGAGGCCUCUCCUCUGCACAGGCUACGUCAGGCUCUGAACAAAUUCAGAUACAAGUUCCAAAUGAAAAGGUUGGAUUAAUAAUAGGGAGGGGUGGAGAAACCAUUAAAGGGCUUCAGACUAAAUCUGGGGCACGGAUUCAGGUAUUGAUACCUCAACAUCUUGCGGAAGGGGAUGAUUCUAAAGAAAGGACAGUCCAAGUUACUGGUGAUAAGAGGCAAGUUGAGCUUGCACGAGAAAUGAUAAAUGAAGUCAUGAAUCAGCCUGUCAGGCCAUCAACAGGGGGGUUUAGUCAGCAGGGUUAUCGUCCACCCCGAGGAUCCGGGGUUGCAUCCCAAUGGGGUCAACGAGGUUCUCAUUAUGGCCACCCUACAUCAUAUGAUAAUCAGCAACGGGGACCAUAUCAUUCUCACAAUCCACAGUAUGCACCUCCACCAUAUGGAAAUUAUGCCCAACACAUGGCUCCAAGAGGCAACUUUGGCUCUGGCUGGGAGCAAAGGUCUCACCCUAGCAUGCAAGGUCCACCCCCGCACAGUGGCAAUUAUGACUAUUAUGGAGGACAAGGUCAUUUGUCAGAUGCUCAGCCACCAAAUCAGCACCCUGGUUCAGUACCCCCACAUGGUGCUGGUCCUUCCCCUCUACCUUCCAUGGGCCCACCAUCUGCCCAGGCCAAUUACAACUAUGGACAGCCACAAGGCCCAGAUUAUGGUCAUCAGAUGGCAUAUUCUCAAUCUGGGUUUCCUCAACAAGGUUAUGGACAUGGAUUUGAUAAUCGUGCACCCCCCCAACAUCCCUAUGGUGGACAUAUAUCUUCUCAACCAACUUAUCCACAGGCUGGCGCUCAACCUAAUUUUGCUGCUGGUAAGCCGCCGUUAUAUGGCAUGCCUGCACAGGCACAGCCUGCACAAUCAUAUGGUCCUCCAAGAGCUACUCAACCAGGGGAUAUGCCUUAUCAAAGUUCUGCUCCUACCCAAUCAUAUGGUUCGAACAUGCCAUCACAGCAGCCAUACCCCUAUGCAUCCGGUGGACCAUCACAAGCAGCAUAUCCUACUUAUGGGUCUGCCCCAGUUGCUGAUGGUUACAGCCACCCACCACCUACGUCUGGUGCUGCAUAUACACAACCAGGUGGUCAGCCGAGCUACGCUCAACCUGGAACCCAGCAGGCACCUAGUUAUGGCCAAGUUGCUCCUACUGGGGUUUACGGGUCAUAUCCUUCUUCACAGCAAGCUUACACUGAACAGCAGCCAGCUGCUACCAAUGCAGGUUAUGGUUACCAAGCUCCCCAAGACCCUGCUGCUUACAGCAGUACUCCUGCUCCAGCAUAUAGUGCAGCACCAGCUGCGCAGCCAGGUUAUGUUCAACCAGCACCUGCUCAGACGGCAUAUGAUCAGUCUAACCCACAAACAGCAGCUUAUGGGGCCGCACAAGUUACUGCAACAGCUGCAUAUGGCAAGACUGUGUCGCCUCAGCCUACAUAUCCCCAAGCUUAUGACUCAACCCAAGCUUAUGCUGCACCGCGAUGAUUUCAUGUAAUUUCUGCCUAAUCUGUAGUGUUAUCUUUAUCUGGUUUGAUGGCAUCAUUUUAUGUAACUUGCUUAUUUUGUUGUAGUAAGGAGUUCUUUGUACUAGGGAGAGCAAGAAAUCUAAUUCUGUUUUAGGUCAUGGUGCCCUGUAUCCUAUGGUUUAAUAUAGUAAAAAUGAGAUUUGGACCUUUCAAUUCCAAUGGCGUUGGAUGUUGGUAGUGUUUUCUCCUCAUCUACCUUCAA